CUGACGUCGACGCACCACUUUUGCCGCUAAAAACAAACUCGAGGCUGCUUUCCUCCUGUGUUAAACCACGGUCCUUUUAUCUAACAUUAUACAUGAGUUAACCACAAUACAGGUCACUCUGAACUCAAGUCAAGUAUCAAAAUGGGAAUCCCUGGAUUGUUGCAGUUUAUCAAAGAUGCAUCAGAGCCCAUCAAUGUCAAAAAAUACAAAGGACAGACUGUGGCCGUGGACACUUACUGCUGGCUGCACAAAGGAGCGUUUUCAUGUGCAGAAAAGCUUGCCAAAGGGGAGCCAACUGAUCAGUAUGUAUUGUACUGUAUGAAAUUUGUGGACAUGCUAUUGUCCUUUAAUGUGAAGCCCAUUCUGGUGUUCGAUGGACACAAUCUGCCUUCAAAAGAAGAAGUGGAAAAGGCUCGCCGAGAACGUCGACAAGCCAACCUUCACAAAGGCCGGCAGCUGCUACGUGAAGGAAAGCUUUCUGAGGCCAGAGAUUGUUUCACCCGCUGUGUUAACAUCACCCCAGGCAUGGCUCACAACGUUAUCAAGGCUGCAAGAACUCGAGGGGUUGAUUGCAUCGUGGCUCCAUAUGAGGCUGAUGCUCAGCUAGCGUUCCUCAGCAAGUCUGGCUUGGCCCAUGCUGUCAUUACUGAGGACUCCGACCUCCUAGCAUUUGGCUGUAAAAAGGUCAUCCUUAAAAUGGACAAGCAGGGCAACGGGCUGGAGAUAGAUCAGAGCCACCUGGGCCGCUGUCGAUCUUUGGGGGAUGUUUUCACCGAGGACAAGUUUCGCCACAUGUGCAUCCUCUCUGGCUGCGACUACCUGCCCUCGCUUCAUGGCAUUGGGCUGGGCAAGGCCUGCAAGCUGCUGCGGAUCGCCAACAACCCCGACAUCCUCAAGGUGAUCAGGAAGAUGGGGCAGUACUUGAAGAUGAGCAUGGUGGUGCCUGAAGAGUAUGUGGAAGGCUUCACCAAGGCCAACAACACCUUCCUCUAUCAGCUCGUGUUCGAUCCUGUCAGGAGGAAGCUCGUGCCCCUCAACCCAUACCCGGACCACAUCGACCCAGCCUCUCUCAGCUAUGCUGGGAAAAAUUUUGGAGAUGGCAAAGGCUUACAGAUGGCCUUGGGGAACCUGGACAUCAACACCAUGGAGAGGAUAGAUGACUUCAACCCAGACAAACCUAUCACACAGCUAUCAAAACCACGCAGUUGCUCCUGGAAUGACUCACCGGGAGCCCCCAAGCUCUCCAGUGAACGCAGUAUCUGGAGUACAGAUGUUAGGCCAGACUGUGCUGGUCCACCCAGGCCUGCUGCCCCCCCAGACAGGCCUCCCUCCACAAGGGGGAAGGAGAGAGUUAUCAGUCUGGAGGGCCUCGGGCUUCCUGGCAGAGAGCGGCAGGUUAAGAGAUCAAGAGAAAAUUCUGGUAUAUCAGACCAGGAGGUGCUGCAGCAGUACUCCUCCUGUGAUCAGAAGCGAUCUAGACCAGAGGUGCAGCCAGACAAGCCAGCUUCAAGCGAUCAACCAAGAAUACGCAACUGCUUUGCCACUCUGCUGCAGAGGAGGAACCAGGAUGUUGAGGGAGAUCACCAGGCCACACGUAGCAGGUUCUUCAGCAGUGCCUGUGAGGUGGCCAGUCAGAGCACUCAACAGUCGCUUCAGGAGGAUUUACCUGGCGAUGUGGAGUCCAGAGUUCUGAGUCAAACUGACAACAAGUCCUCUUCCAGCACCCAGCCCGGGUCUGAUUUAUCUCCAGACACGCCAAACCCUCCGUCACCCACGUCCUCUACCCGCCCACAGCUAGCCAGUCAGGGUCUUGGGCUGUUUCGUUGGUCAGGCUCCUCCCCCAUCACCAAACGAUCAGAAAGCCCGACGUCAGCCUCUGGCAAGACUGCCCUACAGCAGUUUCAACUCAAGAAAGAGAGUUUACCUUGGAGCACCAACACUCAAAACCCCCCAGGAGGUACACUGGCCCUGACAGUGUCUUCUAUCAACAAGGGCCUAGAAGAUGAGUACAGCCCCCCAGACUCACCCCCCUCCCAGGACAGUGCCUACUUCUCCCAGUCCCAGCCUUGCAUCAUGUCCUGCCACAAAGAGGAAAUUCCUGCCGCCUUCUCUUUCCCCUCCUCCUUGUCACCGGCCCACCAGGAGGAAGCUGACUCUGAAAUGAACUCAAGCAACGAUUCAGAAGCACGUCAGAUUCAUGUACACUCACCAGAAGCGAAGAAGAGGCCCAGUGUGGUGAAGGUUGCAGGUCUACCAAGGCUAAAACCUAACUGCCAGGGUAAAGCAGCAAAGGUCCAGGUUUUAUCAAAGGCCAGGGCCAGUGGACUGAGAAGGAAGCCUCCUGGUCCUGGAAAGAAAGCCAAUAACGAAAACAGCCCUGGCCUACAGGCCACCAUCAGCGGCCUCUGGAAGAACUUUGGAUUCAAAAAAGAGUGUCAGAAAGUGAACCCAUGCGAGAAAGGACAGCCCAUGUCUCCUGUGAAGGAUAACCUGCCAACCAACUCACCUCUGACAGACAAGGAGAAGAGCUUGAUCCCCAGCUUCUGAUCCCUGCCCAUGUCCACAUGCUGCUGAGCAGUUGGUGUGGCACAGGGCUUUUAGGUUCAAACAUCCUUUUCAAUACAUACUGUGUAUGUUCAUGAUUUCUCAUUAAUCAGUGUUUCUGAAUCCUGUGAAUAGAUUUUAGCUUGAAUAAAAAUUAUUAUUAUUAGUUUUUACAAAUGUA